GCUGCACACAGCCAUGAAUUGCACCCUUACCGACAUUUCUGAUCGUAGUUUUGCCGGCGUUUGUAACUUGGCUUUACACCUCCCAUCUCCUUCCUCCAUUGACCAACAACAACGUACACACAUAUAUUUCCCAAACAUUGGGCUUGAAGUGUUCGCUUGAUCCACUAUGCCAGUUGAUGUAGCCAUGCAGCUAUAUAUGCACGCUCCAAUUCAAAGAGUAAGUUACAGAACCAAGAGAUCGAUGUAUGUAAACAAGCCUCUGCGGCCCUGUAUCCACCUUCACAUCAACGAGGAUUCACCAGAAACUAAUCACAGAACCAAGGAGCACAAAAGGGUUUCCUUUGCCGACAGCAAAGGCCUGCCACUGACUUCAGUGAAGUUGUUCGACCUGAAUGAGUUUGAUAUUUCCUUUCGUAUAAAUGAACUGAUCAGUAAUUUGUUAAGCCUCAAGACUGUAGACAAAGACAGUCUGUUGUUGGACUUUGACCAACCGACAGCAGAUUACGUGGACUUUGAGAAACGUCUGGAAUCUGACACCGUCUGCCUCGAAAACUGUAUGUUAGAGGACAAGCUCAUUGUGGGAACGGUCAAGGUGAAAAACCUGGCGUUCGAAAAAUCUUUGAAAGUGAGGAUAACGUUUGACACUUGGAAGAGUUUCCGAGAGCAUGACUGCCGCUAUGUCCUUGACCCGUACGGCGGGUCAGAUCGAGACACUUUUGCCUGAAUUCAUUUGCCAGAAUACAUUGCCCCGCAUGAAAGGGUGGAAUUUGCAAUUCGUUAUGAAAGUGAGGGGAAAACUUGGUGGGACAGCAACUUGGGGCAAAAUUACAGAAUAAUAAGAUCGGAGCUGAAAUGUGCUACGGAGACAACCAAACCCACCCAGCCACUGGAUGCUAUAUUAGCUGAAGCCCACCAUCUGCCUGGGUAUGGGAUGGAGUUUGAUCAGUAUGGUGGUCUAAGGUGCUCCUACGGUGUGUUCCCUGAAUGGCCCAGCUACACAGACUAUGAAAAUAAGGGACCCUAUUAUUAACCAGGAUUAAUUGAGUCUGUCACCUUUGUGUUCGUCGAGAUUAGAGUAUGCCCUGCCUCUGCUGCUCUACGUGCUUCAGUCGCGAACAUGGGAUACGGAAGGGAAGUUCUGCUGACAAUAAUGAUCAGAAUAUUCAAACGUUUUAAAUGUUCAUAUUUAAAGCCAGGGUUUCUCUUGCUCGUUGCCACUUGUUGUAAAUUCUAUUUUUAAAAAAUAUAUAUAUGGAACGAACGGUGCCUUCUGAGGAUUUAAAUGCCAGUUAUUGCCUCUUUAAGCAAGAGGCCAUGCUGUGUCUUCGUGAUUACAUGAUUCGCCCACAAAAUACAGUUUCUGUGAAGCAGCUUGAGACGUCUCAAAGUCGUGAUAAGGCGCUGUGUUACGUGCAAGGAUUAUUAUUAUUACUGUUUCAGCUCUCUAGUGAACUUUGCAGAUUUUUUUUUCCGGAAGCAGCCUCUUUAUUCAAGGUAUCUUCAAUCAAUCCAGAUAUGUUGUAUCGUUUCAAUCAUCCCAGUUUUUAGUCGUACUCGAAAUGGAACUUUGUCUCUUUGUGACUAAAUGGAACUGAAUAAAUUGUUUUGUGUCUGAGUGAAAAUCUUGCUGGUGGGAUCAUCAUGCAGCACCAACGUUUAAUUUAAACCUGUGCCUCACAAUUGUUUUAUGACCACAGACCAAAAAGGAAGAUAUUCAAUUUUGACCUUUCGGAAAGUGUGAGAACAGUUUUUCUUUUACUGUAAGGAACUUCAAUGAACUUGGAAUGAAAUUGCUGUUUUUUUCUUUCAGUUCCCUCU